AGUCAUAUGCACGGGAGUUCGUAACACCAGCAUCUACUGCAAGAAAAUGAGCAGAUGCCAGAAGAUUUUAUUUUACGAUUAGACGAAGAAAAAACCAUGAGCACAUUUUCCAUUUUAAAUGCGAGCAACAUUUCGCAGGCUGACUCCCUCGAGGACAGCAGCAAUUGGACGGCGGCAACCCAGUUUACCCAGCCGGGAUGGCAAAUUGCUUUGUGGGCUAUCACCUAUUCCUUCAUCGUUAUCACAUCCAUCGUUGGCAACGUCACCAUCAUCUGGAUUAUUCUUGCGCACAGGAGAAUGAGGACUGCUACCAAUUACUUUAUCGUUAAUUUGGCUCUUUCGGAUUUGCUGAUGUCCGCUUUCAACACCAUCUUCAAUUUUAUUUACGCCAGUCACAACGUCUGGUAUUUUGGCGAGGAAUUCUGCAGGUUUCAGAACUGGUUCCCCAUCACCGCAAUGUUUGUGAGCAUUUACUCCAUGACAGCCGUGGCUGCAGAGAGAUACGUGGCAAUAAUUCAUCCCUUCAAGCCCAGGCUCUCUGCUGGAAGCACCAGAAUCAUCAUAGGGGUAAUAUGGCUGGUGGCGUUUGGGCUCGCCUUCCCGCAGUGCUUCUACGCCGAGAUCAUGACGGACAACGGAACAACGAAAUGCGUUGUCGUCUGGCCCGAUGACGUCGGAUCCAAGCACCAGCUCACGUAUCACAUUGCAGUGAUCGUGUUGAUUUAUUUACUGCCUUUAUUGGUGAUGUUUGUUGCAUACAGCAUUAUAGGAAUUACUCUGUGGAGCAGCGCGGUUCCAGGCAACCACCUUGACAGAGUCCGCUACGAACACCAAGUUAAUGCCAAAAAAAAGUUUGUGAAGACCAUGGUGGUAGUUGUGAUCAUUUUUGCUGUCUGCUGGCUGCCCUAUCACAUAUACUUCAUCCUGGGGAGCUUCAAGGAAGAUAUCUACCAGCAGAAGUACAUUCAGCAGGUUUAUCUCGCAAUCUUUCUCCUUGCCAUGAGUUCGACGUUGUACAACCCCAUCAUAUACUGCUGUCUUAACCAAAGGUUUCGUUCUGGCUUCAAAUUAGCCUUCCGGUGGUGUCCGUGCGUAAAAGCAACUGAGAAAGACAAACUUAAACUUACAUCCCCAUCUCUUUACCAGACAACCCACAGGAAGUCAAGAACAAGAAGUUCCAACACAGAAACCCAAUUGAAUGAGAAAGAGAAGACAUCAUUUACCCUCACCCAGCUAACACUUUGA